AUGUCUUCGACCGCAAAGAUACCGCGCGGAGAAUUCCGAAAUCCAUGUCCGGACGUGAACAUCCCCGCCGCCAAACAUGCAGUUGACUCGCUCCUCGCCAACGUCACUGCCGCACACAAGCGCUUCGGUGAUCCCAACCCGAUCGACUACGAGAUCGCGUCUUACCCGCUGCGGCUCAUUCAAGAGAAAAUUGUGUUUGAGAGAAGCCUCACCGUCAGGCGCGUCGUCGAAGCUCGCAUUCGUCUCACCGUCAAAGCCAGCUUGGAGACGCAUUGCCUGACAGCGUUCACCUACGAACAGGCGCUCGAACAUACGGACUUCCACGAUGAAGAUGGUGAUGACGACGACCCGCAGGAUGUUUUGACAUGCUAUCCACUCUUUGGGUUGGUAUUUAGUGUCAAGGACUGCAUACACGUCCAAGGUCUGCCGACCACGCUGGGCUGCUCGCAAAGGGCGGGUCAGAACGAAGCGGCCACCGCCGAGCUGGUGCAAAAGCUCAUCAAUGCCGGUGGCAUCAUGAUCGCCAAGACCACCGCUCCGCAGCUCAUGAUGUCCAACACCACGCACUCGCCGCUCUGGGGCACCACGCGCAGUCCCAUCCAAGCAGUUGCGGCUGCUGACCAAGAUGGUGGGGCGGACGAGUUUCAGGUGGGCGGCAGCUCGGGCGGCGAGGCGAGCCUGGUCAAGAUGGGCGGGACCCAGUUGGGAGUGGGGACGGAUAUGGGUGGAUCUGUUCGUCAGCCGGCGUGCUUGAACGAGGUGUGCGGGUUCAAGUUUUCUUCGAUGAACUCGACGUUCCGCUGGGAACUGCCGAGCGACUUUAUGACCGGCUUACCGCACACCAGCGUCCCCGCCACCGCACCCGGCCUGCUCGCGCGAGACGUUUCCACGCUCAAACUUGCAGCUGAAACCUUGUCCGGCAGGAAGUAUUACAACGCCGAGCCGCUGACCGAGGACGACUUUGUCGAUGUCUACAAAGGCGACCCGACUCCGGAACCGAAAGACCUGGGCAACCACCCUCGAAUUGUGUACACUGCUCAGCAGAGCUCGCCUGAAGUGCAGGCACUCGUGCAUUGGCUUGUGGACAGACUCGCCUCGCUCGACGGCGAGGCACUCGCGCGUCCCAGUAGCACCCACGAGCUGGGCGAGAUCGACGUCAAGCCGUGUCUGGAGGCGUGGAUGCAGCACGCCACCCAGCACGGCUUUGACGAGGCACGCGCCAUGCUCGGCGACGACCCGCUCAUCCAGCACACCCUAUUCGACGAUUCGCGCCUCGGCGUCACUGCUGCCGAUCGAGCCCAAUGGGCACCCGACACCUCGAAGCUCGCUGAGCUGAGGGACAACUUCCUGCGCCUGGCGGGCGUGGAGCAGGCGGACGACGUCAUCUUUGUCACACCGACGUACGCGCUCGGAGGACCUGUGCAGAACGACUCGUUCGUGCAGCUCGACGACACGGGCACCGCCGAGUUCUGGUGCGUAGUGUUCAACCUGCUCGACUGGCCCUCUGUCUCCGUCCCCAUCUCCUUACCGGACCGUGUGCGUCAAACGAUCCGACAGGCCGCGCUCGACUCGCCAGACUGGGCCCCACACCUGCCUGGGCUCCUCCAGGCUGACCCGAUCGACGCGGACGCACAGCCGCGACUGCCCAUGCUCAGCGUGCAGCUUGCUACGCUUCCGGGCAACGAGCUGGCGCUGCUCGACUAUGCGCAGCGCAUCACGGGGUGA